GCCUCGCCCAGCCCCUGCGUGAGCUUUGCUGGGACACGCGCCUUGUGCCAGCGAGGAGAAAAGAGCCCGGGGAAGCGGUCAGCGCUGCGCCGCGGGCACGGCAGCACCUCCACCCCCUGCCCGCCGCGGCGGAGCUCCUCAGGCUGCGUCACCUCCAGCAAACGGCUGCUCUGCACAGAGGCCCCGUCUAAUGGGUCUGGGCGCAGAGGGGGGGCUCUGCCUGCGCGCGUCGCCGAGGCCUCCAUUAGCGGGGCCCCUCCACCACCGCUCGGGAUGUGGUCUGCUGGGGUCAGGGCUAAUGGACGUGACGCGGAGGAAAAGGUGCCCGAGACGUGAACUUCUGUGCAGCCAACUGUCUUGGUGCAAGCUCGCGGUUUGCACGUCUUGGCCGUCGCCUUCGCCCUGGAGGUGUCGGUGGGGAAGACCAACACUGUGAUGGCUCUGAAUAACUCCAAUGUCCUGCUGCCCUGCAUCUUCACCACCUGCAUCGGCUUUCAGGACCUGGUCUUCACAUGGUAUUUCAACAUGACAGAGCUGAUUUACCACGGCAAGAUAAAGAGCAAAGCCUCGGAGCCCAUCCUCGUGGAACGCAACCCGCGGGUUGAGUUCGUCGGCUCGACGACCGGGAAGGACAACAACAUCUCCAUCGUCCUGAAGAACGUGGAGUUCAGCGAUGCUGGCAGGUACACCUGCCACGUCAAGAACCCCAAGGAGAAGAAGGCGCAGCACAACGCCACCAUCAUCCUCACGGUGGUCCAGAAGAUGGUGGAGGCAGACAACACUGUGACGCUCAUCAUCGUGGGCAUCGUGGGGGGGCUCAUCGGCCUCCUCAUCCUCUUCAUGCUCGUCAAGAGGGUUGUCCUGUUCAUCAUCAAGAAGACCCAGGAUGGGAAGUGA